AAUCCCAUUUAUUUUCUAUCUUUCCCAGACUUCCAGGAUAUCCAUGUGAUGAUCUUCAUCGGUUUCGGAUUCCUGAUGACGUUUCUCAAGCGUUACGGCUUCAGUGCAACGGGACUGAAUCUUCUGGUCGCGGCCGUCGCAAUCCAGCUGGCCCUGAUCAUGCGCGGAUGUUACGCAAUGAAAGACGGAAAGAUUCCGAUAUCGUUGGAUAGUCUUAUCGGUGCGGACAUCGCAGCCGCUUCCGUCCUGAUCAGCAUGGGUGCACUGCUAGGGAGAACAACACCGAUGCAGCUGCUGGUGAUGACUGUUUUCGAAAUGACAAUCUUCGCUGCGAAUGAGUUCCUGCAGGUCGAAUUGAUGCGGAUUUCCGAUGUUGGGGGGUCGAUUACGGUUCACGCUUUCGGAGCCUACUUCGGUCUAGCGGUUAGCUUUAUCUUGAGGCCCAGCAAAGAGAACGCCAAAACUGGACCUAUGGAAAGUUCAUCGUAUAGUUCGGACAUCACGGCCAUGAUUGGAACGAUCUUUUUGUGGAUCUUCUGGCCCAGCUUCAACUCCGCUCUGGUCGAUGGAGCUGAUCAAGAACGAGCGAUUAUUAAUACUUAUUUGUCACUGGCAGGUGCUACUGUAGCAACAUUUAUAUUAUCGGCUAUGGUGUCUCACGAUAAAAAGUUAGAAAUGGUUCAUGUACAAAACUCAACCUUAGCUGGGGGUGUAGCUGUUGGGUCAGUCUGUAAUCUACUAAUCCAACCAUUUGGAGCUGUAUUGGUGGGAAUUACUGCUGGAGUGAUCUCAGUUCUUGGAUAUCGAAUUUUGACGCCAGCUUUGUUGUCCAAAUUUCGUAUCUCCGAUACUUGUGGAGUUAACAAUUUGCACGGCAUGCCCGCACUAUUGUCUGCCUUAUACUCUGCGCUUUAUGCUUCCGUUGCAACCCCAGAAGACUACGGAAAUACAUUGACCAGUAUAUUCCCAGCAAUGAAAUUAAAUUCUACACUGACUGAAGAGGAUUUGCAUGAAUAUAUUAUUGGAGGAUACAAUCGAAGUGCUAUUAUGCAAGGAGUUUAUCAAUUAUUGGCCAUUUCACUUACAGUGAUAAUCGCUAUUAUCGGAGGACUUUUGACAGGAUUAGUCCUGAAGUCAUCGAGUAUGCGUCAAUUAGAAAUGAAUGAGCAUCAUAAGGAUGAUGUCUACUGGGAAACACCCGCUGAAUCAGACACAAUGGUGGACAUUAACUCUAGUUAAGGUUAUGUUACAACAGGAUAUCCCAACA